UAACAAACAAAUUGGUCUUAGAAUAUCUUAGAAUAUCUUUUAAGUAAAUUUCAAAGAACGAUCUAAGAUACUACAUAUGAAAUUGUCUUAUUUUUGUAUUUUCGAGGUUUUGAAAAUCCAAGAAUUGAAGGCGAAGUUAUACUCAACAACUACUUUUUAAGUCUGCAUUGGAGAAUCACGCAAACCUGAGAUGAUAGAGAAGAUUUGUAGCUCAGAGAACAAAGUCCUAUCAAAAUUACGCAAACCUAUACGUAUAAUUUAUUGGUUUGUUCUCAAACUGAAGAUAAUGAUAUUUGGCGUCCUUGUGACUGAAUAAAGCACAAGUUAUUUUCUAGGUAAUGUCAUUUAAGUCCAUAUAAAUAGGAAAGCAGUCCUGCCUAUCAUUUCCCUGUGUCAGAUUAAUAACGACCCUGAAUUCGACCAGUUAUCGAUGUGACCUUGAAAUUUCCGAAUCAAUUGAAUCUCAAUUUACAACCAAUCAUAUACUGCGUAGUUUCCGUCCAUGUUUUUUUUAUAUAAAGCUAUAUAAAUUGGCCUCGUUUGUGAAUCCAAUCGACUAAAUACUACGAAUUAAUACGAUUUAAUAAUGCCGUUAACAUCACGUUCACCUUACGACAGUAAAACACUACUUGCUAAAUAUUAUGGUUUGCCUCAACCUGAUGACAAAAUUCAAGUUAUGUACGUAUGGAUAGACGGAAGUGGAGAAAAUUUACGCUGCAAAACAAUGACUAUGCAAGAAGAACCAAAAGUUCCAGAAGGUACGUUAACAUUUUCAAAGGUUCAUACUCCUUAUUUUGUGAAUGAAUCUUUGAAGAGAAAACUUUGUUGAAGUAAAUUAUGUAAUUGGCUGUUUAUUAACUUCAUUAAAUUUCGUAUUGGAAAUGUAACUAAAGAUCAAAAAUAUCUGUUUUAUAACUGUAAUGUUGUAUAAGUAAAUAUAAUUUUUUUCUCUAAUCCAUAUGAAUUGCUAAAAAGCAACAUUCAUCGACAAUUUAGGUUUAUUUCAUUAUGGAUUAUAAACAAAUACAAUGUAUUUUAACUUUAGACCUCAGUGACGGUUUUUCCUUUCCAUAUAUUUAUAGUUAUAUAUUUAACAGUACACUGGACUGUCCAAUGUGGAAUUUUGAUGGAAGUAGUACUGGUCAAGCUGAAGGUUCCAAUUCUGAUGUUUAUUUAAAACCGUGUGCAAUGUUCCGUGAUCCAUUUCGUGGUGGUAAAAAUAAAUUAGUCUUAUGUGAAACUUAUAAUUAUGAUAAGAAACCACAUGUUUCAAAUCAUCGUUAUCUCUGUAAUCUUGUCAUGGAGAAAGCGAAAUCUCACCAACCAUGGUUCGGUAUUGAACAAGAAUAUGCUCUAUUAGAUAUCGAUGGUUAUCCAUUACAAUGGCCUAAAAAUGGUUUUCCUCCACCUCAAGGACCUUACUAUUGUUCUGUUGGAGCGGGUAAAGCACUUGGUCGUGAUAUACCAGAAGCUUUAUACAGAGCAUGCAUGUAUGCAGGAGUUAAAAUUUGUGGUAGCAAUGCAGAAGUUAUGCCAUCACAAUGGGAAUUCCAAGUUGGGCCAUGUGAAGGUGUUUCUGCUGGGGAUCAUUUAUGGAUGGCUAGAUUUAUAUUACAUCGUGUAGCUGAAGACUUUGGAGUGAUUGUUUCACUAGACCCGAAACCAAUGCCUGGGAACUGGAAUGGUUCAGGAGCGCAUACGAAUUAUUCAACUCUGGCUAUGAGGGAUCCAAAAUCAGGUUUACAAGCAAUAGAACAUGCUAUUGAAAAACUAUCGCAUAAACACAUGGAACAUAUUCAAUGCUAUGAUCCUAAACGUGGUCUAGACAAUCAAAGACGUUUGACUGGUAGUCAUGAAACAAGCAGUAUUAAUGAUUUUUCAUCUGGUGUUGCAAAUAGAGGCAGUAGUAUACGUAUUCCAAGACAAGUUGCUGAAAAUGGUUGUGGUUAUUUGGAAGAUAGACGUCCAUCAUCCAAUUGUGAUCCAUACAUGGUCACCAGAAUGUUAGUAGAAACAACAUGUCUUUAAUUAUUUAUUACCAUUAUUUACAAAAUAAUGAAAAACCAAUUACACAACAAAGAAAUUAAUUUUUUGGGGGGGAACAUAAUGUUACUAAAUAAUCUCAAAUAUUUCCAUACAAGUCUAACUUGAUCACUUCAUUUUGUUAGUGGUUACAAUAAAUUUAAAAACUGUAUUUCUAUAAUUUUGAUAACUGUUUUCAUCAUCAUUAACUUUUCUCCGCUGUUCACGAAGUUAUCAUUAUCAUCAUCAUCAUGAAAAGUGUAUGCGAGAGCAGCAGUGUUGUUAUUAUUGAUUUUUCAAUGGUCGAACAAUUUUUAUUUUGUAGCAUUUUUUAUCAUACAAAUUUAUAGUUUACUUAGUAAACUAAUUAUUGUCCCAGUUACAGUUUAAUCAUUGAACCAUUCGCAAUAAAGACAUUAAGAGAUCAGUCCACAUUAAGAGAUGUUGAAUAUUGAUUAAAGAGUUUUUUUUAAACAAAUAAACAUAUACACCAUCUUUUCUGUUUGUAGUUUUAUAUUAUUUAUCAUUUAAAUUCAUCGUUUGUGAUUUAUAUAACAAAAAUUGUUUUUUUUUUAUUUUAAAAAGUUAUGAAUAAAAACGUUAAGAAACGAACCAUGAAAUUUAAUCGUUUCUUGAUCUCUUUUGAUUUCGAUUUUAUAACAAACUUUAAUUUUGAAUAUGAUAUCCAUUGGAACCUGAUGUCAUUUGAAGAAUCAUUGAAAACAAGGGAAUACUGGACAGUUAUUCUAUUCUGAUUUUUAGCAUUUCAUCAGCUUACACUAAUUAAAAAUAAAUAUUAGUAGUAGCAGUGGUAACAGUAAUUGUGGU